AUGGGCCCCUGUACCGCCUCCUCAUGCUGCUGCCAGGCCCGUAAUCUGCCAUGGGCCCCCGUACCGACUCCUCAUGCUGCUGCCAGGCCCGUAAUCUGUCAUGGGCCCCUGUACCGCCUCCUCAUGCUGCUGCCAGGUCCAGAGUGUGUCAUGGGUCCCUGUACGGCCUCCCAUUGCUGCUGUCUCCAUCGCCACACUCUGCCAUGUGCCACUUUCUGGUCUCCUCACACUGCUGGCGGGUUCCAUUUUGUCAUAGGGUGCUGGCAGAUUACGGGCCUCCCAUUGCUGCUGCCAGGCCCGUAAUCUGCCAUGGGCCCCCGUACCGACUCCUCAUGCUGCUGCCAGGCCCGUAAUCUGUCAUGGGCCCCUGUACCGCCUCCUCAUGCUGCUGCCAG